CGAGUCGCAGGGGGCUGUCCGGGCUGGGCAGCUGCCCCAGCGCGCUGCCGAGCACACGGAGCUGGCCGGGAUGGGCCGGCACAGCCCGCGGGGACACUGAGCGCACCCAUCUCACAAGUGACAAUUCGCCGUAGGGCUCCAGCGGGGCUUCCAGGACAGAGGUUCACCAGACUGCAGCCCCGAAUUUCAAAGAAGGAAAUGCAGCGCAGCUGUGAUUGGAAGUGUCCACCUCACUGCUAUCAGCAGAACAGAAAAGGCUGGUCCACCACCAAGAGCAGGGCAUGAACCAUGGGGCUGCAGACCUGGGGGAGAGUUCAGGGAAGAUCCAGAAGGAAGCAAGCUCAGUCAGUGCCACCUGCUCCAGGACUUAAUGAGAGACCAAGCAAACCUGCAUAAGAAUUUGUACAUCUUUGAUGACAUCCUCACUAUUACAAAUGGUGACCUGUGACUCAGUCCUUCCCAGGUGUGCUCUCUCUGCCCACCACCAUGCGGAUAACAAGUGUGAUCCGGUACAUGGUGCUGCUCAUCACCCUGCUGGGCAUGUGGUUCAUCACACAGACCUACUUCCACCAGAGCUGGAAAGCCGUCAGCCUGCGGAGCUGGCUCGGUGCCAUGAACAAGCCCAGCAGUGAGAAGCUGCCACAGCACAAGUGUGGGAACCAGAAGAGCUGCCCCAAGAAUUAUUUUGCCUUCAGGAUCAUCAGUGGUGCUGCAAAUGUGGUGGGACCCUCGAUCUGCUUUGAAGACUUGGUCCUCAUGAGCAGCGUGAAAAACAACAUUGGCAGAGGCCUGAACAUUGCACUGGUGAAUGGAACAACUGGGCAGCUCCUGAAAACCAACUCCUUCGACAUGUACUCUGGAGACAUUACCAAGCUGCAAACCUUCCUCCAAGAGAUCAAGCAUGGCACCCUUGUGCUGACAGCAAGCUACGAUGAUGCUGCCACAAAGAUGAAUGACAAAGUAAGGGCCUAUUUCACGGAGCUGGGCAGCAACCACGUGGGCAAGCUGGGCUUCCGAGACAACUGGGUGUUCUUGGGAGCAAAAGGGCUGAUGAACAAGAGCCCCUUUGAAAAGCACAUUAAAAAUAAUAAAGAGACAAAUAAAUACGAGGGCUGGCCUGAGCUGUUGGAGAUGGAGGGCUGUGCCCCCAGGAAGAUGGACUAGCAUCAAACUCCAGCCUGCCAUGGAGGGCAGCUUCACCAGUCACCCAGGGACACCCACAGGACAACCCCAUCGUGGGGACUCCAGCCUCUCCACUGCCGGGCCACAGAGUCCAGCAGCUGCUGUUUUCCCACAGGAACUGGCUGUUUCACAGCAGGAACUGUGCAGGGCUUGGAGAAGAGCUGUACAAGUGCCUGCAGAGCCUGAGCCGACACGUGGCCAGGCUGGAGCCAAGCCAUCCUCAUCUAUGGGUCAAUUUGGGGUAUUUUAUUUUUCUAUCUUUAAACUAUAAAACUUUGUAGAAGGUUUUGUAAAUUUCUUAAAUGAGAUUUCUAAUUAUAAAACACUACCUUCUCCCUUCCA